AGCCGCACUUGAGGGGUCCUUCUUGCUGGAGGUGACAUUCAGUUGCAGCAAAUAGCCGAUUGCGUAUUCACGACUCUGAAGCAAACCAUCAUGGCACAGGCAGUCCAGAAAUUUGUGGCCAAAGUACCUACUUUGAUCGGAGCCGCUGCCACCUACUCCAAGCCCCGGCUAGCGACCUUCUGGCACUACGCUAAAGUCGAGCUUGUGCCCCCUUCCCCUGCCGAGAUUCCCCAGGCCAUUGCGGGAAUCAAGAACAUCCUCACCGGUCUCAACAGUGGACGUCUUGGACAGACGACAGUGAAGGAUGCGUUCAGAAAUGGAUUGGUGUGCACUGAAGUGUUGAUGUGGUUCUACAUUGGAGAGUGCAUCGGAAAAGGAGGCAUUGUUGGAUACGCCGUUUAAACCUUGAUCUGUCGCUGUUGUACACUCUUAACUCCCACCUUAAUAAAUGUCCAUUGCUUAAAGAA